UGUCUAACUCCCUCUCCUCCUGCAUUUGUACCACCACCACCUAUCCCGGCUGGACCUCUUUCAAAGGUAAUCAUGAGCUCAACAUCUUUCAAGACCGAGUUCGCAGUGUACAUGACGUGCGAGCACUGUGUCUCCGACGUCCAGAGCGCCCUCGCCAAGCUUCCCAACCUGGACCGCUACGAUAUCGACCUCCCAUCGCAGUCCGUAACUGUUACUGGGCGCACCGCUCCUUCCCUCCUCGCCAAGGCACUGCGCGACACAGGCAGGCAGGUCAUCAUCCGCGGUACGACGGGCCGUGGAGGCGCCGCAGUCGCGAUACUCGAAGAGCCGUAUUCAUCUACUGUGCUGGACUGGCAUAGUAAGGAGCAUACGCAGAAGGUGCACGGGAUUGGGAGACUUGUCCAGCUUACGCCGACCCAGACGCUGCUGGACCUUACGGUGCGGUCGACACUUUUGAAGCCGGAGAAGGUGUACGAGGCGUACGUUGCGCGCACUGGGGACUUAUCUAAAGGCCCGGACGGGGCGGGGGGCGUGCUGCACCACCUGGGGGAAGUACGCGUAGACGACAAGGGCUACGGAGACCUGUUCGUCGAGAAGGAGGGACUGAGCAUCUGGGAUCUGAUUGGCAGGGCGAUGGUCUUUGGUGAGAAAGGGGGCAAGGGGAUGUGGGCAGGUGUGGUGGCGCGCAGUGCGGGUGUGUGGGGGAAUGCGAAGACUGUGUGUAGUUGUUCGGGAAGGGACUUGUGGGAGGAGGGAAGGGAGAUGGACAAGAGGAUGGAGUAG